CUCAGUGAUCGAAUCUUUCUGGGAAACAGAUUGAAAAGAUUUGAUUCCCUGGGUGUCUGUCAGAGACACUGAGUCCUGCUACACAGGCAGCAUAUACAGUGAGCUCUGCUGGUUAGACCUGUGUGAAAGGGAGCGCGCGCAUAACAGGGCUGUUACUGCUGUCAGCUCAUGUAAAAGUGCACAAGGAGGACUUACCCUGAUGCCCCACAGGAUAAAGAGACUCAACACAAAAUCCUGUUUAGGAUAUACAGUACUGUGCAAAAGUCUUAGGCACCCUAUUUAUUUUUUUUAGUACAAACUUUGUUAUAGAUUUGUAUUUUAUGACUUCUACAUUAUUGAUUCAGUAUAAAACCAUUUUAGAUUCCAAACAUUAGUUUUCCAGCACAAAAUUAAAUGUUACAGAAAAAUGUUUGUAUGUCAGUAAAGAAAGCAGCAGAUUCCAUAAGAGACACUUUUCAGAUAAAAACAUCCAGUAAUGAAGGCUGCUCAGAUGGGCUGGUUUGAGUACUUCAGAAACAGGUGUUCCUAUUAAAUUGGACUGUGAGUGUGUUUAAGUAUACAUAUAUUAUACACACACACACAGUGGGUUUAUCCGAAUGGUAAGUGCUGCCCCUGUUAACUUAAAUGUAGCCUAUACCUAGUUAUCUAAGAAUUUCAUCUAAUCUUUAAAAUUUUGUUACAAAAAAUACAAAAUUGUCUUGUUUAUUACAAGAAGCCAACUUGUACUAUAUUUCCCCCUCAAACAACACACAGUCAAGCCAAACUGCAAAAGGUUCAACUAAAUUACUUUCUGAUAAAUUGUAAAAAAACAAAUAGAAAAACUGUUUCUGUUUCUGGUUGCAGCUCUGUCUUGAUGGUGUAACAUUCCAGAAAAUACAUUUUGAUGCAAAAGCAACACCAAAAAGCGCAGGUGUAGAAUACCCCAGAGGAGAGUAAUUACAUCAUGGGUAUGUCUUCUUCAACAUCACGAUGUUCACCACCAACUAUGGAAGAGCCGGCUUUUGAAAGACCGUGGAGGGAAGUAAAUUGGAGUGAUGGAGAACAGAUGUUACGAAAACUGAAGGAGUUUCAGUCAACCCAAGGAGUUGACGGUCUCAGGAUUUUGGUUGUUGGACCAAUAGGUGCUGGGAAGUCUUCCUUUAUCACCUCAGUAAAUACUGCCCUCCAAGGCCGCAAUACUUACCUCGCUCAUUCACUCAGCGGUGGUUUCAUCCCCACUCUCAAGUACAACAUGUACAAGCUGAAAAAAGACACAGAUGGAUCUUUCUUUCCAUUUAUGUUCAGUGACACCAUGGGUCUGGGAGAAGAUUCAAGUGGUGCAUACAUAGAUGACUUAAUCAGAAUUCUACAAGGUCAAGUGCAAGAGGGAUACACAUUUAAUAUUUCAGGGGAGCUGAAUGCUGAAAGCAACGACUUUAAUGCAACCCUGAGUCUAAAUGACAGAGUUCACUGUCUGGUGUUUGUCCUGCCAGCAGACAACAUCUCCACAAUGCCUGGAGGAAUUUUUCAUAAAAUGAAACUUGUUCUGCAGCGAGCACGUGAAUUGGGAAUUCCUCAAGUCGUCAUCAUGUCCAAGGUGGAUAAAGGAUGUUCACUGGUAUCAGAGGACCUGAAAAAGAUCUACGAGAGCAAGAAAAUCAAAGCUAAGAUGGAGGAGUGCAGUAUCAGACUGGGUAUUCCAAUGAACUACAUCUUCCCUGUAAAGAACUACCAUGAGGAAAUCACCACCAAAGCUGUGACAGAUAUUCUGAUUCUCAUGGCAGUAACAACUAUUGUGGAUUUUGCCAAUGACUUUGUAAAAAGGAAUGUGUAAAAAGAACAGAAAAAAUGAUGCAUAUUGGGAAGUUCUGUGGGAAGCAGAAGAGAUUGUAUAUUAUGGAAGAUUCCUGUCAAUUUGUAUAAUUGAUUCUUUUGAAAUAAGUGUGAGGCAACUAUAUAUUUGGUCAUUGAUCUGCUAUUGAAGUGGGUGAAAACAAAUAACAACACAUAGAAUUAAAAGGGUGUACACUAGAGGUGGGUGUGCACAGGACUGGUUUUAAAUCCUAUUCCCACCUGCUCCCACCAUUAUUAUUUAUUUUUGCAGCUCCUCAGGAUAUAUUUUCUGAUGAACUUAUUCAGAUCUAUUUCUCAAAAUAUUAACAAACUACUAAUUUAAAUCAGCAUGCCCCUAAUUGGAAGAAAGUGUUUACUGAAGAUGAAUAAAUAAAAGCAGUAAAUGGGUCGCUCAGCACUGUGUGAGCAUCCUAUUCGCGUUUGUGUUAAUUAACUUGGCCUGUUUUUUGUCCUGCAAGCUUCAUAUCUAACUGCAUGCAUGAAAGUAAAACCCGCCAACAUUCACGCUCUUUUUUGGUUUCAGUCCCGAUGCAUACCUCUAAUGUACAAACAAGAUAAUUCUGUUUGAUUGUGAGGAAGUUUAUCUCUUCGUUCAUAACAUUAACAUUAACAGGUGUGUUGCAUAAUACACAACUACAAUGAUUUCAGUUACUAAGAAUGGUAGCAGGUUUUAUUCAGUAGUUCGUGAAGAUAAAGUAUGUUAGAAAACCAAGGCUGUUUGGCUUUGACAUAAACUGAUAUCUGCUAAAACUGAUAUGACGUGCUGUUUACCAAGGCUAACUCGCUUCCCAAAAGGCGACUGAGUCCAGGAGCCCUGAUUAGCUAACAUUAUUAACAAAUGCAAAUGUCCAUAGCUUAUAUAUGACUUUCACAUCUUCACAUAUAUAUGAAGAAACACAUAUAUGGUCCAUAUGUGACAGUGUGUGUAAGGUGAGUCUCUCUCUCUCUCUCUAUGAAUAUAUGGAUGAAAGAAGAAGCUGUAUAGGUUGAGUCUGUUGACUGACAGACUUACCAUUCCUGAAUUCAAACACUUAUGAUGUUCAAAAAACUGUCUUGUUGAAAAAGAUCUUCAAAUAAAUCUGUCAGUGCCA